AUGCUAGUAGGCUUAACUCUAUAUUUUGUACUAUUUCGCUCACUGCAGUACCUGUUAGUAUUCCUUACUCCAGUAAGGCAGUUCGAUACGUCUACAUCACUUUUAUUAAAUGAGCUAUGCACUUCUCCUAAUGAGAUCAACAGUUAUUGGAACAAAUUUUUUUGGAAUAAGCUGUUAUCCUGGGAUGCCGUUUUCUUUAUCAAGAAUAUGACUUCUAAAGACGAAAAGCCUCAAUUUGAGCACGAAUACGCAUUUUCUCAGCUUUGGGCUUCCCUAAUAAGAUUGAUCGUCAAAAAUAAUGAUAAAAAUAUUUAUCAUGUUUUAAAAGUUGCGGUCGUAAUGGAAAAUGUCUUGUUUUACUCAUCUGCAAUUGUUCUAUAUUUCUUAACGAAAAGAACUUUUAGCCAAAAUAAAAAGCAUUCACGGUUUGCCAAAAGUAUCGCUAAAAAGACAUCUUUAUUAUUUUCUCUAACUAGUGCCGCUGGAUUUUUAACUAGUAUAUAUUCUGAACCGUUAUCAUUUUUCUUAGCAUUUGUCGGUAUCUGGUGUCGUGAGUGCACCAUCUCCAUACCUGUCUCCGGUCAAUUUGAUUGUCCAUGGAGGAACUGGUUUUCCUAUUCCAUUAUCAGCAUGUCCUGUUUCACCUUAGCAUCACUGAAUCGCUCAAACUGUAUUUUGCUCGGGAUAUAUUUCGUUUUUGACCUAAUUGAGCUCACAAAGAAUAGGAAAUUUGUAAAAGCAAUUUGCUUUCCAUUGUUGUCAGGAUUACUAAUGUUUUCCGCCUUAAUAUAUCAACAAUAUUACCUACCGUACAAUACCUUCUGCCCCCAAAGAGGUGAAUGGUGUACAUCUCAAUUAUUACCAAGAUUAUUCGUUACAAAGACUUCUCUGUAUUCCUAUAUCCAGGGCCAUUAUUGGGGAGUCGGAUUUUUGAAAUAUUGGACCCCAAAUAACAUUCCAAAUUUUUUGUUGGCUAUACCGAAUAUUAUUAUUUUGACAUAUUCCUCCAUAUAUUUUAGCAAAAUCUACCCAUCCUACAAUUUGAAGCCCCUAGUAUGGAUUACCAGAUCCUUGGUUAUCAUGGUAUGUCUUUUUGCUCACGUCCAGAUUUUAAACCGUAUAGCCUCUUUUAUACCAUUACACCUUUGGUACUUGGCCGAUAGAUUGGUUAAGACCUCAGGACCAGAACAAAUGGACAAUCCAAAGGGUGACGAUAAAAUAGUUAAGUUUUACAUAUAUUGGCUUGCGUUUUGGAUACCCUUACAAACAGUCUUGUUCGCUGCAUUCUUACCGCCUGCCUAA